AUUCCAUGAUGGAGAUUCCCGUCUUUCCCAACCUUUCGGUCUGGGUUCAAGACUGUCCACGUCCCAAAAGGCAAAACAUGCUUGAGUAACGUUAAAUCAACAUAGGAUCAACGUUAACCGAACAUUGGAACAACCUCAAACCAACAUUGAAACGUUAACCGAACAUUGGAACAACCUCAAACCAGCAUUGAAACGUUAACCGAACAUUGGAACAACCUCAAACCAACAUUGAAACGUUAACCGAACAUUGGAACAAUCUCAAACCAGCAUUGAAACAACCGAACAUUGGAACAACCUCAAACCAACAUUGAAACGUUAACCGAACAUUGGAACAACCUCAAACCAGCAUUGAAACGUUAAACGAACAUUGGAACAACCUCAAACCAACAUUGAAACGUUAACCGAACAUUGGAACAAUCUCAAACCAGCAUUGAAACGUUAACCGAACAUUGGAACAACCUCAAACCAACAUUGAAACGUUAACCGAACAUUGGAACAACCUCAAACCAACAUUGAAACGUUAACCGAACAUUGGAACAACCUCAAACCAGCAUUGAAACGUUAACCGAACAUUGGAACAACCUCAAACCAACAUUGAAACGUUAACCGAACAUUGGAACAACCUCAAACCAACAUUGAAACGUUAACCGAACAUUGGAACAACCUCAAACCAACAUUGAAACGUUAACACAACAUUGAAACAACCUCAAACCACCAUUAGAUCAUUAUCAAUGUGGAUUAACUUUUACAGCAUCAUAUGCCCAACUUUGCCUGAGGGAAUCUUAACAUUUCAUAAAACCCUGUGGUUCUCCCUCGGGCUGGACCUGAGCCUGUACACAACAGCCCCCUGUGAACCCCCGGAAAGAACCAUGUAUUAGUCAGGACUUCAAGAGGCUUCAUAAGAAACUAGUCCUUCAUGACUUGUAGUUCUGUGUUGGUUGUGAGCUGAGUGGUCCCCUUGGUACUUGGUACUUUUCCCAGUGUACUCUUUGGUACGCUACUUUCACAGUGUCACAGUGAUUAGGAAUCCAAACGGUGUAAAUGAUAGUUAAUUAUAAAGAAAGCACAUUAAGACCAAACUAAUGUUGUUAUUUAAAACGUUCUCGACUAAACAAGGUGAAACAACUCUUCGCUAAAGACUACCAAACAAACUUGGUAGUUUGUGAUUCACUGUGAUUCCUAAUCACAGUGAUUAGGAAUCCAAACAGUGUAAAUGAUAGUUAUAAAGAAAGCACAUUAAGACCAAACUAAUGUUGUUAUUUAAAACGUUCUCGGCUAAAGGUGAAACAACUCUUCACUAAAGACUACCAAACAAACUUUCCCUGCUUAAAUGGGCCAAACAUUUUACACUAAACUAAACCAAACAAUCCGCCACGAAACUUUGUGAAACCAACAUGAACAAGAAGCUAUGGUUUCAACGUAAUGAAAAACUCACUUUUUGACGUGGAGGAGAAUAAUAUGAGAGUAAGUCUCUGAACAAACAAGAUUAAGACUCUAAACAAAUGCCAAACGAAACCUUUUACUCCCUGCAACAGUUAUUAUACAUAUGUAUGAAUUAUUAUACAUAUGUAAACAAUGUAAGCUGCGUUUAUACACAGGAAAUAAUAAAUAAUGUUAAUUGUGGAAUAUUCUUAAGAACUCGUUAUAAUCGUUAAUUAGUAGACACUAAUACUUAAUUAAAGUGUUUUCGUUUAUCAUCUCUCAAGCUUACGCAUAAGUGUUCCUGCCUAUGCAGAAUUUUGACUUCACACAAGCUUGACUACGUUCAGGUCUGACGGUCUACGCACAAAUCUAAUUAUCUACGCACAAGUCUAUCUGUCUACCCACAAAUCUGUCUACGCAAAAAGUCUAUUUGCCUACACUCAAGUGUCCGACUAAACAAUUCUAUAAUUGCAAUUUAAUUUCAUUACAGAGAAGAAAAGGGGCUUUGUAGAUUUUCCAGAAGCCGAGAGAAUCUAAUUGCUUGUAGCGAAGCUAGUGUUGUGGUGGAAGAGUGUGUGGGGUAAACUAACCAGUGUUCGAACAUAAAUGUAACAGGUGUUCGAACAUAGCACUAGCCAGUGUUCGAAAAAAAACUGUCCGGGAUUCGAGUCGGUGUGUUAGCACUAGCCAGUGUUCGAAGAAAAACUAUCCACGAUUCGAGUCGGUGUGUUAGCACUAGCCAGUGUUCGAAGAAAAACUAUCCACGAUUCGAGUCGGUGUGUGUGUGGAGGAUGGACGGUUUAGACGACACGGAGCUAGAGGCCCCCGAGACAGGGACUGAGAUGGACGAACAGACGGGUAUAGAGUACUUUCCGUCCCUCCUGUCUCCGUAUCUUCUCUGCAACUCCAGCAACUUCAGCAAGCUGCCACUAUGCAACAAGAACGCCACUGGAGAGGAGAAUCCGGCUUUCGAGUACGCCUUCAUCGUUGCCAUCGUCGUGCCCAUCAUCUUCGGCAUCAUCGUCCUGGUGGGACUCUUCGGCAACACCCUCGUCGUCAUCGUCAUCAUCGCUAACAAGCAGAUGAGGUCCACCACCAACUACCUGAUCUUCAGCCUGGCGAUGGCGGACCUGCUCUUCAUAGUAUUCUGUGUGCCCUUCACCGCCUCUGACUACAUCCUGCCGACCUGGCCUUUCGGCAGCAUAUGGUGUAAGACUGUGCAAUAUCUUACCUAUGUCACCGCCUACGCCUCUGUUUACACGCUACUCCUACUCUCCUUCGACCGGUUCCUCGCGGUGGUUCACCCUAUCGCUGCUCUCACCAUCCGCACGGAGAAGAACGCCCUUCACUCCAUCACCUUGAGCUGGAUUCUCAUCUUGACCUCCUGCAUCCCGCUAUACCUGUGUCACGGUAUCAAGAAGCAGAAGUUCGAGGACGAGGUGUACUUCCAGUGUGCCUUCCUCGACCACGAAUACAACCACAUGGCCUUCCACAUCGGCUUCAUCACCACCAUGUACUUCGUGCCAUUGACGGUGAUCGUGGUACUCUACUUAAUGAUUCUCAACCGCUUAUGGUACGGCGUGUCGCUGGGCGGGAGCCGCAGUGCUGAGAGUGUACGCGGCAAGAAGAGGGUCACAAGGAUGGUCGUCAUCGUCGUCGUCACCUUCAUCGUCUGCUGGUUCCCUAUUCAGCUUGUUCUGUUGCUCAAGUCCCUUAAUAUGUACGAGAUGACCACCUUCAAUAUCAUCAUGCAAAUCGCGGGGCAGGUCCUCGCCUACAUCAACUCCUGUGUCAAUCCUAUCCUCUACGCCUUCCUCUCUGACCCCUUCAGAAAGGCGUUCCGCAAGGUAAUAUCCUGUGGCCCUCGGCGCUGUUCGACCAUUAACGGACGUACGGACUGUGAGAGAUCGAUGGAGACGCGUCCCUUGAACCCCAGACCAAGUCCACAGUCCAUCCCACUGACCAACUUGAUAACCAGCACUCAACACUUGAGUCCUGCAACAGCCCCGGCCAUGCAACACCACGCUACCACCACCACCACCACCACCACCAACACAGCUACAAGCUUCACCAACGGCGCCACGAGGGAGGACACUCCCAACAGCUCUCAACUCCAUGAGAGUAUCCUGUGUAACAAAGCGGUCUCCCCAGCCACCAAUUACGGAGGAUUUAGCGAUGGCACCUGCAAUUUGCGUGGAUUUUCAGAGUAACUCAAGAGUCCAUUCUCGUACCCAACAACAUAAUCACAACGGUAUUUUUGUUUUACGUUGUAACUUAAUGUUGAUACAACGUUGUGUUUGCAGGCGAUGAGUCACAGUAACGUGGCUGAAGUAUGCUGACCAGACCACACACUGGAAGGUGAAGGGACGACGACGUUUCGGUCCGUCCUGGACCAUUCUCAAGUCGAUUGUGUUCGAUGUGUAAAAUUUUCGGGUUUCUUGGAAAAUUUUCGCAAAUAAGUGAAGCUUGUUGGAAUCGUGAGUCCCUAUGACAUUGAGACAUUUUUCAUUUAAAAAUUUUACCUCGACAAACAAAAUGUAAUCACAACGUUGUAGCAACGUUAUUGCGGUGAGAAGGGGGAGGGGGGUUCGAACCUAUACUCAGGGUACUCCCAAACACCAUAGAUAACUACAUCACAACGUAUAGUGUAGUGGUCUAAGGCGUUUGCUUGGGAACACCAGAGCGUAGGUUCGAAUCCUCCUUACAGAUCCUACUGAUGUUCUCAUUGAUACAUCACGUUAAUGUCAUUUCACUGUACAACGUUAUUGCAAUGUUUACGUCAAAAUAACGUAAAGUGUUUUUGUUGUGAUGGAGUACUUUGGGAAUGGAAAAAAUUAACUUGGUGUCCAUAAGCAAUUAAAAUAUUGUUGGACUAAAUGAAAGUUGUGUAAAUAUAUACAUACAUAUAUAUAUUUUUGUAAAUAAAUAAGUUUCCUUGUAUAUAGAUAUCCAAUAAGCUUAGAUUUCCACCACAUCGACAGAUGUUUGGCAGUGUGGAUAGUCGUACUUAUUUAAUAGUUACAGACCUACUUGUCUGUGCAAGUGUUGGUCAGUGAGAGAGGCUGUGGAGUGUGGCAGUGUGAAAGGCGUAUUACAGGCUGCUGUGGGUGUGGAGUGUUAAUAUUUAAGUGUGAAGUACGUUUUGGGUACAGAGUUGCUGGGUUGGGUGCAUGGGUGCUGUGUGUGUGUGUGUGUGUGUGUGUGUGUGUGUGUGUGUGUGUGUGUGUGUGUGUGUAAUGAGUUGGAGUGAAUACAAAUACACGGUGACGAGAUUGAGUGACUAGAGUGAAAAAUGUGUACAGACAUAACUCAGGCAGUGUUAAUAUACAUCGAUAUGGUCAAUAUAAAUAUCCAAGAAGAGUGCAGUUUUUUAUCGCUGCCUUCAACCACUGCACAUUGUUACGUCAUACAUUGCAAUUGUUGCAAGUUGCAGGUGAUUAUGGCUGAUAUGUAUACACAAAUUCAACGGAAGGCGAUAUACCGAUGAGAAAAUGUUGUGGCUGUAGAAUGGGAUCGAAUCUGCGUCUCUGGGGAGUUCGGGGAUGCAGGUUCGAUACCAUUUUACAACCUCGGGAAUAUUUUCUUGAUGUCAUGUAUAUUUGUUUAUAAAGUGAAUAUGCUCAAGAUGUAUUAAAUUUCUUGUGUUAAUAAGGGUUUGAGAGAAGGUUAUUUGGUCUGAUAUGCUAAUGAGCCCAGCAUAUUAGCUCAACUUUGACCUCUAACUUGACCUUGCAUGACAAGUUGACCUGAUAUUUUAAUUUGGUGGCGUCGGUAUUUUCCGGUGAUAUGAGAUUCAUUGAAGCAUUGCUCGUAUUUAGCGCAGGUCAUCUGGCCAUGUACAUUAUCAUAUAUAUAUAUAAUGAAAUGGUGUGGCUAUCAUAUAUAUUUGUUAUUUUUAAAUAUUGUUGUUCAUUUGAGCUGUGCCUGCCAGUGACAUUGUGAUAUUGCAACGGUAAAUAUCAUUGUUAUUAUAAUUUGUAAUCAUUACCUUGAACAGUGCCAUUCUCAGUCAAUAUAUAUUUAAUUGUAUCUUCUCAAGGUGCCAUGAGAGGCGUCAGCGAGUGCCAGUAGAGGACCAGUCUCCUUAAUGUACAUACUUUUUAUAUUCUAUACCAUAAUGUGUAUAGGCCAUGGCGUAGGCCUACUGUUGAAGACAUGAGUCACUUAAGGACCAGGUCAGGAAUUGCCAAGCACUUCCAGUCCUGCUGACGGGAUAUGCAACACUUCGAGGUUCUCCUCGAUAUUAAAUUGGUUUGAGGACGAUCUCGUAGCGCUUCGUAGCUCGUAUUCACUAAGCAGUUGAUAUCAUUUUGAGGAAGGUAAGAGGUACAGAUAUCGAAAGCAGACAGGUAGGUGAUCUGUGGCUCCUAGCAGGGAGAAUCCGAGGCUACCUGUCUGCCCUACCCCUUCAUAACCUCACUCACCCUAUCAUCUAUCACCCUUCAUAAAAAAAAACAUUUUUAUUGCAUCAGUGCGAACUGAAGCAUAUUCAUCUUGGGUCGGCUCCCGUAGGCUCGAUGAUGAAUGUUUGAGCUUAACGACUUUCCUUUACUGUGUACGACUAUUAAACUGUCGAAGCUCAAUUUGAAUGCAACAUGCACAUUGCUAAACGCAUGUUAGUGUUCAACGUUUACCUUGUUCUGCAUAAUGAGUUUUAACUCUGUAAACAUACAGCACAACACACACGUGAAAUGACGACAUUUUGCUUCAUCCAGGUCCAGGACUUGACCGGGUCCAGGACUAAACCAGGUCCAGGACUUGACCAGGACUUGACCGGGUCCAGGACUUGACCGGGUCCAGGACUUGACCGGGUCCAGGACUUAACCAGGUCCAGGACUUGACCAGGACUUGACCAGGUCCAGGACUUGACCGGGUCCAGGACUUAACCAGGUCCAGGACUUGACCAGGUCUUGACCAGGUCCAGGACUUGACCAGGUCCAGGACUUGACCAGGUCUUGACCAGGUCCAGGACUUGACCGGGUCCAGGACUUGAGAGGGUCCAGGAUGGACGAAAUAUCAUUUUCCAUUUCAGAUUUGUUUGUGCUGGGUUGAGAGUUUCAGCCACAUUCCGAGUUAUUCUUUGCACGGCAAACAUUUCAAAUCUUUGGAAUUUGCAGUCAUGGAAAACCAUUAAAACGAUUCUCGUUUAGAGGUUCAGUUGUAUAUACUUAUUGUGAAAUCUAAUGAAGAAUUUAGAGUUACCUUUUGAUCUUUAACAUUUCAGAAUAAGUGUAAAUUAAGAUACCUCCAUAUUUACUUAUUUUGUUUCAAAUAUUGUUAUAUGGACUAUCUUAGGUAGUUUUUAAGAUGUUUUAUGAAAAAAUUAUAUGUAUAUAUAUAUUAUAUAAAUGUGUGUGUGUGUGUGUGUGAGAGCACACAUGCGAAUGGGGGUAUAUAUAGAUUAGUUGACAAUUAACUUAUAAAUGCAUUACUACAUCGAUGAGUUAUGUGCAUACAACAAAUUUAUUCCACGUAAGUCAUUGUAUGAUGCUCAAAUUUUGUGUAGUUCAUGUUUGAAUUCAUUACAUUAUUAAGGAGCCAUGUUGGUCGUCACAAUAUUACUGUAUGACCUUGUUAGCUUGUUACUCUCCAUUGACAUAACAUGAUUUUGACUUAAAUGAAGAGUGACCAGCUUACAACAUAAUUUUGACAGCUUGUCACCCAUUAACAUGAUCUUGGCCUAGAACUUGUCACUCAUUAACAUAAAACAUAUAAUUUUGACAUACUAUAUUUCCUCACAUCAACAUGGUAAUUAAUACCUCCAAGCCUCCCAUGUGCUAUAUAUAUACAAGCAUUUUUAUUAAUGGUGUAUCCUAAGUCAGAAUGACUUUGGUAGUGGGGCCAGAUGUUUGGGGAUGUCCUUCCUCCUUUUGAGCGAAAUGUUUUGAUCGAACUAAAAUAUUGUUUACAUUUGACAUUGGUCGCAUGACCUAAUUUAGUCUACACUCUCAAGAUAGGUCACUUUCUCUGUGCAGUUUGAAGUAAUAUAAAAGAUUGGAGGUUUUAAUUUAAACAAUUUGCCAAAUUUUCCACUCUGAUAGUCAAUUUGAUUAAGGCAGUUAUCACAAAUUUCUUUAUUGACAAUGAUCCACUGCUUGAGAUUUGUAUAUAGAAGUGAACAUAAGCGUACUUAUGUAAAUUUCAUACAUAUUUUUCAUUAUUAUAAACUGAAGGUUGCAAAAAUAUGUUUAGGCAUUAAACAUUUCACUUAUGCUGUCAUGUCUUGUGUCAGUAAGAACUCAGUUUUGCUUGUAUUGUUAUUAUUUCUGCUGAUACAGCUGUAGUUUUAUUGUCGAUAAAUAAAUGUUUCUUGUAAAUACAU